GACUUGUUGGCAGUGAAUGCUGAUGGCAAUAUGCCGUAUGACCUCUGUGAAGAUGAGCCAACUCUGGAUGUCAUUGAGACUUGCAUGGCCUACCAAGGGAUUACUCAGGAAAGAAUCAAUGAGAUGCGGGCUGCUCCGGAGCAGGUCAUGAUCUGUGACAUUCAUGACAUACUUGCGACGGGACAGGACCUGAACAGGACUGAUGCCCAAGGUGCCACGCUGCUGCAUAUAGCUGCAGCCAAUGGUUAUCUGCAUGCAGCUGAAGUCCUCCUUGACCAGGGGGCAAGCCUGGAUAUUAAGGACUGGGACGGCUGGGAACCUCUUCAUGCUGCUGCUUUCUGGGGACAGAUGCAAAUGGCCGAGUUGCUUGUGUCCCAUGGGGCUAGUUUGAGUGCCAGGACAUCUUUGGAUGAGAUGCCAAUAGAUCUGUGUGAAGAGGAGGAAUUCAAAGUAUUACUUCUGGAGCUGAAACACAAACACGAUGUGAUCAUGAAGUCUCAGAUGAGGCAUAAAUCCUCCCUGAGUCGAAGGACAUCCAGCACCGGCAGCCGGGGGAAGGUGGUGAGGAGGGCCAGCCUUUCGGACCGAACAAACCUUUACAGGAAGGAAUGUGAGAAAGAGGCCAUUGUCUGGCAGCAAUUGGGUGCAGCAGAAGAAGGAAGAAACUCGGGUCUCAUUGGAGAAAUCGGGGAGACUCGGUCUGACCAGGAGAAUACAGACCCUAAUUCACUGCUGGAGAACUCUUCCCUCCUUCCGGAGUUAGCAAACAAAAGCACGCAGUGUGACUCUGAAAUCCCCCUCCAGAACGGACUCAUGGCAUCCGCCAGCACUUACCAGUACACCUUUUCCAAUGGGGACAUUUGGAGUAUGCACGCUGACCCUGAGGGCAAUCCAGGCCACUUGCUGCCCUACGGCAACCCUGGGCUCCCUGACACGGAGCAGUUCUGGGGUGCCUACAAGGAGCACAACCAUCAAACGCUGUCUGAACUGAAGCGGCAGCGGGCUGCAGCCAAGCUCCUCAACCACCCUUUCCUCAGCACCCACUUUGGCAGUGGCAUGGGAGGUGUUGCCGAGAAUGUGGGUGAAGCCAAGUCGCACCUAAUCGAAUCCAGGACUUCUCCCUACAGCUCCAAUGGGACCUCAGUGUAUUACACAGUGUCCAGUGGUGAUCCACCCCUCUUGAAAUUCAAAGCUCCCAUGGAGGAAAUGGAAGAGAAGGUGCAUGGGUGCUGCAGGAUUUCCUAGUCUCUUCUGUUUCUCACCCCAGAGGAAACAAGAUGUGGGCAGGCUGGUUGGAUCUAUCGCAGAGGCCAGGCUGUUUGCAUUGCAAAGGGAGAGUUUGGUUAUGGACAUCCUGACUCUGGCAGCCUCGUUCAUCUUGAAUUGUACUUUACCCUGCCAAUUACUUUCAUUGCAGUUGAAUGAGUAAUGCAGGUGGUGCAAGGCUUUUAGGAGAGGAAGGGAUGGGCAUUGAUAUGAUGUAAAAAGAGUUGCCCUAGUCUUCCUCCCUGGGGAAGAAGGUAUGGUGCACUGCCUCCCUGUCCUUGGGAAGUCAUGAGAUGCCUUGGAACAAAGAAAGGAUCUGAAUUAAAAUCUUUGCAUCGGAGCCUCUUGCUGUAAAUCACCAAGGAAGGUGACAGAUCAGACCUGAAUGUUCACUCCUGGGUGGUGCAUAUAUAUCCUGGAGGGGAGAUCAACCCCAGCACGGGUUUGCAAGAAUGGACAGAGCUGUGUUUUGUACAGCUGGAUCCAGCACUUACAGCCUGAGCAAUGAGCAAGCAUCACUGCUGCACUUGCUUUAGGAAGUUUGCAAGGUGCUAUCUCCUUGCAGUGACAGCUCACCAACAAAAACUGUGCACUGGCUGGGUCCCAUUCUGCUCAUGUACAGUCGUCACUGCAGACUGCCAUCAGGUUUGAAGCAGACUCUUCCUGAACAGGCUUCUCUCUACAGGCUUUAAAACUGAUGUUGCAAUAAGGGGCCCUGGCAAUAGAAUUUUACUGCAAUAAAAUACUGACAAAGGUC